CGCACCGCGAUCUGUGUGACACUCGCCGUGUUCAGUCGGACUGAGGACUGAGACCUUUGGAGUUGCGUGGAGCAAUGUCAGAGGCCGAACAGUCAAUAGAACUGUCAAUUUUGGAGUAACAUUAAAACUUUUAUUAUUAGUGGAUUGUGAAAACUUAAACCAUGGCUGUUUCCAUCAGUGAAAUAUGUGAAAAUACAAAACUUGCUCGUGAAAUGGCUUUAACUGGGAACUAUGAUGCUUCUGGGGUGUAUUAUCAAGGAGUAGCUCAACAGGUUCAUAAAUUACUUACAAGUAUAUCAGAUGUCACACGUAAAGCAAAAUGGCAAUUAGUUCAACAACAAAUCGUGGAGGAGUUUGAGAAAGUAAAAGCCACGUCAAAUGUAUUGCAACUUUUUAAAGUAGAUUCGCAUGGAGAACGAAUAUUAGGUACAUCAUGUAUGUCAUUUGAAGAGCCAACCAGAGAUGCCAUUUCAUGGUCCCGUAGUCGUACAGAUACUGCUUGGAGUUUGCCAACAACACGAGAUCCUGAUGUUUGGCUUCCACUGACUCCUACGGAGCAGAGAAAUACUACUUCGCAGAAGAGUCAACGUAAACAACAAACUCGGGCUAAUAAUCGAGUUUCUUCUAUCAAUCCUUCCAAGAAGACAGAAAAAUCAGUUCUUAAAAAGGAUGAGAAAAAAAGUUUGAAAAAAGAUGAUUUUUCUAAGGCCCCAGAAAAAGGCGAGGCACCUAUCGAGGAACGCAAAUAUGAACCAUCUCCCAGUGACAAAGAUCUUGUGGACCUACUAGAAAGAGACAUUGUUCAAAAAAACCCUUAUAUUCACUGGGAUGAUAUAGCUGAUCUACAUGAGGCUAAACGGUUGUUAGAAGAAGCUGUUGUUUUACCAAUGUGGAUGCCAGAUUUUUUCAAAGGAAUUCGAAGGCCUUGGAAAGGAGUUCUUAUGGUUGGACCACCGGGUACAGGAAAAACGAUGCUUGCCAAAGCUGUUGCGACUGAGUGCGGUACAACUUUUUUCAAUGUAUCAUCAUCUACACUGACAUCCAAAUACAGAGGAGAAUCCGAAAAAUUGGUUCGUCUUCUUUUCGAAAUGGCAAGAUUUUACGCACCAAGCACAAUUUUUAUUGAUGAAAUAGAUUCUUUGUGCUCUAGGAGAGGUUCAGAGUCCGAGCAUGAAGCAUCGAGAAGAGUUAAAUCUGAACUUUUAGUUCAAAUGGAUGGAAUUAGCUCAAGCAAUGACGAUCCCAGUAAAGUUGUCAUGGUGCUGGCUGCUACAAAUUUUCCUUGGGACAUUGAUGAAGCUCUUCGAAGAAGAUUAGAAAAACGAAUCUACAUUCCAUUACCAAAUCAUGAAGGCAGAGAAGCUCUACUAAAAAUUAGCCUCCGGGAAGUAAAGCUAGAUUCAUCUGUAAAACUAUCAGAUAUUGCAAAGAAACUUGAAGGCUACUCUGGUGCUGACAUUACAAACGUUUGCAGAGAUGCUUCUAUGAUGUCUAUGCGUAAGAAGAUUGCAGGUCUUAAACCAGAUCAAAUAAGACAACUGCCAAAAGAAGAACUUGAUUUACCGGUAUCAGCUACUGAUUUCGAUGAAGCAGUGGAAAAGUGCAAUAAAAGUGUAUCUCAAGAGGAUCUUGAAAAGUAUGAAAAAUGGAUGAACGAAUUCGGUUCUUCUUGAUGCUGGUAUAAAGAAUCCGAAGGAAGUAUUUAUUUAGUUUUCAAUUAUAUCUUUGAUAUGACAAUAAAAUAAAAUUAUUAUGAAACAAAAA